AUGGAAAAAUUAACAUUUAUGAUAAGUGAAAUAAUGGCCACAGGCGCCAGCCAACAGCAAUUGGAGGCAGAAGUGCGUCUUUGUUGUAUUAUUCAAGUAAAAAUGUGGCCAAUUGAAAAUAAAGUACCUCUUUCAACUACAGCUUUAAUUGAAGUUUUGAAAAUGACACGAUCAUGGCGGAAAAGGGCGCCAGAUAGACCAGAAUCUAGACCAACAAUUGUUAUGUCACAUAAUGGAGUUUCUCGUUGUGGAAUUUUUAUUGCUGCGAAUGUUUUGAUUGAUCAAAUGGAAAUGGAUCAUGAAGUAGAUGUAUUUCAUGCAGUUAAAUUAAUUCGUCUUAAUCGUCCACAAUUAAUUGAUGGACCUAGAACACGUUUUACUGGAGAUGCAAAGGAUGAAUAUAAAUAUUUAUAUGAUUUGAUACUUCAUUGGUAUAUGACAAAUCCAGAAUUACGUUCAUUCGAACCUCCAGAAGCAGAUUCACUUGGCUCUGAUGACGGAUCGAGUGACGAAAGUAUUGGAGAAUCUCAGUCAUUAGGGACAAAUAGAAGAAGUAUUAGAAGUGGACAUACAAGAAGUAUACAAAGAAGUAAAUCUAGUAGAGCAUCUAGAAGAACAAUUACAACAGCUAAUUCAUUGGUACAUGGAGGAACAGAAAUUGGGGGGACAACAACACAAAGAAAUAGCAAUGAGACUUCGAAUGAACAAAAGAAAAGAAUGGAACCGGUGUACUUAAAUUAA